AUGAGAAACACCACCAAACUGGUCGUACAUGUCGUUGAUGCUCAAAACCUUUUACCCAGAGAUGGCCAAGGAUCAGCUAGUCCCUUUGUAGAAGUUGAUUUCCUUAACCAGUUGAGCAGAACCAGAACCGUACCCAAAAGCCUUAACCCUGUUUGGAACCAGAAACUCUACUUCGAUUACGACCACAGAGUAAACCAUCACAACCAACACAUUGAAGUCACUGUUUACCACCAAAGAAGACCAGUUCCCGGUAGAAGUUUCCUCGGCAGAGUCAAGAUAUUUUUCUCUAACAUUGUUUACGAAAGAGACCAAGUGUACCAGCGCUUCACGUUGGAGAAGAAAUCGCUUCUCUCUUCUGUUAAAGGUGAGAUUGGCCUCGAAUUCUACAUUUCAUUAUCCGAAAAAGACCAAACCUUUCCUCUUCCUUCUCCUCUUGAACCGUACACCAGCCAAACACAAGCCUCUCUUGUUCCUUUUUCAAGAACUCAAGAAGAUAUUGCUGAUUCGGAAACAGAAGAUUCUCGAGAGAGUUUUGCAUCAGCACAGCAAGAAGAUCUUACUGAUUCCGCCAGCGAGUGUGUGGAAGACAAAAGGAAAGAAGAAGAUACUGAACCAGUUCAAAAACUUCAUAGACAAGAAGUCUUUGCUCGGCCUGCACCAAUGCAUUCCAUUCGCCUGCGGUCUCGUGAAAACCCUCAAGAAGCCAACCAACCGCAGUCUCGUGGAGCCAACCAGCUUCACCCUCAGCAGCCUCGUGGACCUAACCAGCUUCCCCCUCACAACACUAACCACCUGGAAUCAUAUGGUGACACUGACCCAGAGGACUUUAAGGUGGAAGACAUGAACCUCGAGCUUGGAGAAAGAUGGCCAAACACAAACGUUGGAGAGAGAUUCACUGGCACAUACGAUCUUGUGGAGCAGAUGUAUUAUCUCUAUGUUCGAGUUGUUAAAGCUAAAGAUCUUCCACCAGGUUUAAUCACUGGUGGAUGUGAUCCUUACGUGGAGGUCAAGCUAGGGAACUACAAAGGAAGAACGAAACACUUUGAUAGAAAGACAACUCUUCCCGAAUGGAACCAAGUCUUCGCAUUUACCAAAGAAAGGAUCCAAUCAUCUGUUCUUGAAGUCUUUGUGAAGGACAAAGAAACGCUAGGCCGAGAUGAUUUUCUUGGAAAGGUUGUGUUUGAUCUUAACGAGAUCCCAACUAGGGUUCCACCAAACAGUCCUUUAGCUCCUCAGUGGUAUCGAUUAGAGGAUUGGAGAGGAGAAGGCAAAGCAGUACGAGGAGAGAUAAUGCUUGCUGUAUGGAUGGGAACUCAAGCCGAUGAAGCUUUUCCUGAAGCAUGGCAUGCAGACUCUGCUUCUGUUCAUGGAGAAGGAGUGUUCAACAUCAGAUCAAAGGUAUACGUAUCUCCUAAGCUAUGGUACUUAAGAGUCAAUGUUAUAGAAGCUCAAGACAUGAUCCCGAGUGACAGAAACCGGCUUCCUGAUGUUUUCGUCAAAGCCAAUGUGGGAAUGCAGAUCCUCAAGACAAAGAUCUGUCCUGUCAAGACAACAAAUCCGCGUUGGAACGAAGAUCUUGUCUUUGUGGUUGCUGAGCCGUUUGAAGAGCAGCUAGUGAUCUCGGUGGAAGACCGUGUUCACACCUCGAAAGAUGAAGUGAUUGGUAAGAUCAGCUUGCCGAUGAACGUGUUCGAGAAGCGGUUAGACCACCGUCCGGUUCAUUCUCGCUGGUUUAAUCUUGACAAGUACGGUAAUGGAGUUCUUGAAGGAGAUCCAAGGAGGAAAGAACA